AUGGACCAUCAGCUUUUGAACGAAACUAACCGACACGUAAACAAUCCAAUUGGGUCAAGCGUUGUUCAUAACUACACUUGGGUCAUUCCUAAAUUUAGUCAAGUAUCGCUUCUCACUCCGAAACCUCAAUACGUACAAAGUCCAAUUUGGGAGUCACCUGUUUGCAUCGCCGACGAAUUAGGUUACGCAUACAAAAAAGUAAGCUGGCGUUUGAAACUUCAUCCAAACGGUAAUCUCGAGAGUUCACAAAUUGGUCAUCUGAGCCUCUAUCUUGAGACGAUAUUUCCCAAUGAUGCACUAGCAUCGGCAAGAGUAAACGUGAACUUUUAUAUUGGUCUUUUGAUUCCGGUGCAACACGGUGAGGAACGUGUGCUUCGAGUGGUAAAGAGACGUACAGAACGACACGAGUUUCCAAAGGUGAAACCGGCUUGGGGAUGGCCAAAUUUCUGCACGAAGGCUUCAUUGAACGAUAGGAUUACAAAUGAUGCGGCCAGUGAAGAAAUCGCUACUUUGUUUCCACAUAAUCAACAGAAUUUCGAAGACGAUACGCUUAUAGUGCAUGUUGUGAUUAUCACACCUAACCCCGGCAGCAGUGACGUAAACGAAGCACAACUGGAAGAACUGGAAGCAUUACGAAGAUCAAAGACUAUAUUACCGUUCUCACAUGCAUUGAAUAAUCCCACUUUUAGUGAUAUAAAAUUUUUAGUCGAUUCACGAAUUAUUUAUGGACAUCAAGUUAUUCUAGCGGAACGAUCUCAUUAUUUCAAGACCCUGAUAAAGAACGAUUGGAAUCUUGAGAUUAAAGAAGACAAAACAGUACAAAUACAAGAAGUUGAUUAUGACGUGUUUUACACGAUCCUUUCUUAUUUGUACACGGGAACAUUGCUAGAAAUAAUCGGUGAAACAGAUCUGUUAAAAAUUGAAAAACUCCAAAAAUUAUUUAACGACGCGGAGAUGCGAAAGACUCUUCACGUGGACGCAAUUCAUGAAUUGACUGAUGUUAUUGUCGCAGAGUUGUCCGCACUGAUAAAUUAUGAUACUUGGGAUAAUUUGUUAUUGUUUGGUUGGGAACGUGAUAUUUCACAACUUCGGAAAGCGGUUUAUCGAUUCGCUAAACAGAAUUGGAAGGUUAUUCGUGAGACGGAGGCUUGUAAAGGCAUCUUACGUGAUGCCAACGUGGAUUUAGUUGAAGAAUUCAUAACCUCCUCAAGAUAA